GCGGAGGGAUUAUUAUUCAUAUAUCUAUUCUUGCACUACUGCCCCCACCAGAUUUGCUCCCAAAGCAAAGAAAAAAUAAAAUAAAAGCGUAGUAUAUGCUAGUAACCCUCCGAGCAUACUACAGGGGUAGGUCCCAGAUUUGACCUCAAAUCCUUGUCUACACCUUCGAUUCGCCCUCCAAUACCCACUUAUCAGUCACUUCAAAUUCUUCUUUUUGCACACGGAUUUGGCCUCAAAUCCUUAAAAUCCCAAUUGGGCUGUUGCCGAAUUGCCUUAAGUUUGCCGUCCUUGGACAGCCAUAUUCUGAAUUCCUGAAAGUUUCUGGCGGACUAGUUCCAAUUUGCCUUUGAAUUUAUAUCUUCCAAGACCCAUUUUCUGAGAGCCCCUUACAUAUCAUAUUUAUAUUGAUUAGCUAACAAUGUCCUAUGAGGAAGAGGAGGCUCUGGAACACACGCUUCUAGUAGUGAGAGAGGUUUCUGUGUACAAGAUCCCUCCCAGAAGCACAAGUGGUGGUUAUAAAUGCGGCGAAUGGCUGCAAUCUGAUAAGAUUUGGUCAGGUAGAUUGAGAGUUGUGUCCUGUAAGGAUAAAUGUGAGAUUAGGCUUGAGGAUCCCAAUUCUGGUGAGCUCUUUGCUGCCUGCUAUGUUUAUCCAGGUCAGAGGGACAGCUCCGUGGAAAGUGUGCUUGAUUCCUCUCGAUAUUUUGUAUUGAAGAUUGAGGAUGGCAGGGGUAAACAUGCCUUUAUUGGCCUUGGAUUUGCUGAGAGGAACGAGGCCUUUGAUUUCAAUGUUGCACUGUCUGAUCAUGAGAAAUACACCAAGAGAGAGCACGAUAAGGAGGGAGCUGAAGAGGAUGACGAUGGUAAAAUCGACAUUCAUCCUGCGGUCAAUCAGAGGCUAAAGGAAGGUGAGACUAUACGAAUAAAUGUCAAGAAUAAAGUAUCUUCAGGUACAGGCAUGCUUUCAGCUGCAGGUUUAUCUGGGAGCGUCUCAACCACAGGUAGACCAAAAAUAUCCCUUGCUCCUCCCCCUGCAAGUGGGAGAAUCAGGUCCCCUUUACCUCCCCCACCUAAUGAUACAGUAAUUGCUAGAAUGAGCAAUUCCUUGAGUUCCAGUCCAAUAUCGAACACUGCAUCAAAAUUUUCAAGGGAUGAAACCAGGCAUAGUGCUGAUCCCUUAGAUCUUUCUCAGCUGGAGGUGAACCUACCUUCAACCACUUCAUCUGGCUCAGCAAAGACUACUACCGCUUCUGGAUGGGCAGCAUUCUGAGGAAUAACUUCAAGCACAUCUUGCAUCCAGUGAGCAAAAUGACAUGACAUCUGUUUUUUAUAUCUUUUGGACAGAAACAUAAAUUUGGAGUGAGUGAAUUUACAGUUCUGUCUCAAUUAUAGGCACAAUUCCCCAGCAGAAUUCAUGCAAUUAAGUAUGAAUACGAAACAUGAUGAUUAUAUCAUGUUAGAAGAAUCAUCUUUGUCUAUCUGUUACCCCGAUUUCGAAGACUAGUGUUUGAGAAAGACUUUCUAGAAUAUCUGUAAACAUAUUUGCAGAUUAUAUAAUGUUGUGCAAGACUAGCUGAAGAUGCAGCUUGUGAAUUCUAGUGUCUCUUGUUUGCCACGAUGUUACCUCCUGCAUAAACCUUUGGGAUGGAUUUUCUCAAUUGAUUGAAAUAUUAAAUUUGUCACAGUUUACUUUGUAUGAAGGUACAAAAAACACGUGCAUUUUUCUUGCAUUUUACAUAUGAACUCAAAAUUGGGUUCCUCUUUCAUGUUCUGGUUGUAGCUGUAAUAAGUACAUUGUUUGAGUGACUUGGGAGAGGUGUCUCUCUAUAUAACAAGAUUGCAGCAUCACCUUAUUCACGA